AUGAAUACAGCAAACUUCGGAGAAGAAGAAGAAGGCAAGGGUGUGUUUCUUAACCAGAGAUAUACUGGAAGUGGAGACAGACGGGAAGAAGGCAAUAGUGUGUUUCUUAACCAGAGAUAUACUGGAAGAGAUGACAGACAGGAAGAAGGCAAGGGUGUGUUUCUUAACCAGAGAUAUAUUGGAAGUGGAGACAGACGGGAAGAAGGCAAGGGUGUGUUUUUUAACAAGAGAUAUACUGGAAGUGUAGACAGACGGGAAGAAGGCAAUAGUGUGUUUCUUAACCAGAGAUAUACUGGAAGUGGAGACAGACGGGAAGAAGGCGAGGGUGUGUUUCUUAACAAGAGAUAUACUGGAAGAGAAGACAGACAGGAAGAAGGCAAGGAUGUGUUUCUUAACAAGAGAUAUACUGGAAGUGGAGACAGACGGGAAGAAGGCAAGGAUGUGUUUCUUAACAAGAGAUAUACUGGAAGUGGAGACAGACAGGAAGAAAGCAAGGAUGUGUUUCUUAAUAAGAGAUAUACUGGAAGAGAAGACAGACAGGAAGAAAGCAAGGAUGUGUUUCUUAACAAGAGAUAUACUGGAAGAGAAGACAGACAGGAAGAAAGCAAGGAUGUGUUUCUUAAUAAGAGAUAUACUGGAAGAGAAGACAGACAGGAAGAAAGCAAGGAUGUGUUUCUUAAUAAGAGAUAUACUGGAAGAGAAGACAGACAGGAAGAAAGCAAGGAUGUGUUUCUUAACAAGAGAUAUACUGGAAGUGGAGACAGACGGGAAGAAGGCAAGGAUGUGUUUCUUAACAAGAGAUAUACUGGAAGAGAAGACAUCAUAUAAAUAAUCUGACCUGGAGAGAAGUAACACGGUCUUCAGUUGUUGGUAGGGCUUAUGAUCUUUGUUCCUCAA